GCAGGGAGCCGCGGGGAGUGGGACUCGGCGCUGCCCGCCCGCCGGCUGCGCCCCGGCCGAGCAUGCACUGAUCCGCUGCCUCGUCUCAGCCCCGUCCCGUCCGCCGGGAGCGCGUUGCAUGGUGUGGGGAUACACGGUCUCGAUAAUAAAUGAUAGAGGAUACAAUGACUUUGCUGUCUCUGCUGGGUCGGAUCAUGCGUUACUUCUUGCUCAGACCGGAGACCCUGUUCUUGCUGUGCAUCAGCCUGGCCCUGUGGAGUUAUUUCUUCCACACGGAUGAGGUGAAAACCAUUGUUAAGUCCAGCAGGGAUGCGGUGAAGAUGGUGAAGGGCAAGGUGGCCGAGAUCAUGCAGAAUGACAGGCUCGGGGGGCUAGACGUGCUGGACGCCGAGUUCUCCAAGACCUGGGAGUUCAAGAGCCACAACGUGGCUGUCUAUUCCAUCCAAGGCCGGAGGGAUCACAUGGAGGACAGGUUCGAAGUAAUCACUGACCUGGUGAACAAGACUCAUCCCUCCAUCUUCGGGAUAUUUGAUGGGCACGGAGGAGAGUCGGCAGCAGAGUAUGUGAAGUCCCGCCUGCCCGAGGUCCUGAAACAGCAUCUUCAAGACUACGAGAAGGACAAGGAGAACAGUGUGAUGUCUUAUCAAACCAUCCUGGAACAGCAGAUUUUAUCGAUUGAUCGAGAAAUGCUGGAAAAAUUGACUGUAUCCUACGAUGAAGCAGGUACAACUUGUUUGAUCGCGUUGCUGUCAGAUAAAGAGCUCACCGUGGCCAACGUUGGUGAUUCGCGAGGCGUGCUGUGCGACAAGGAUGGGAAUGCCAUCCCCCUGUCACACGAUCACAAGCCCUACCAGCUGAAAGAGAGGAAGAGGAUUAAAAGAGCUGGUGGAUUUAUCAGCUUUAAUGGCUCCUGGCGUGUUCAGGGGAUCCUGGCCAUGUCCCGCUCGUUAGGAGACUACCCUCUGAAGAACCUGAAUGUUGUCAUUCCUGACCCCGAUAUUCUCACCUUUGACCUGGACAAACUGCAGCCAGAGUUCAUGAUCCUGGCCUCUGAUGGCCUGUGGGAUGCCUUCAGCAACGAGGAAGCCGUCCGGUUCAUCAAGGAACGCUUGGAUGAACCACACUUCGGAGCAAAGAGUAUAGUUCUACAGUCAUUUUACAGAGGAUGCCCCGAUAAUAUAACAGUGAUGGUGGUGAAGUUCAGGAAUAGCAGCAAAACAGAAGAACAGUAAUUACCAGCGGUUCUUUGCCUCGCUGAACUUAAAACAAACUCUUACAUUUUAAACAUAGUGGAAAGCUCUAGUAAAUACCAUUAAGAUUCCACACGGAAAGAACAGAUUCCUCUGGGCUUUGUUCUUUGCUUAACAAAAGGAGCAAUACAACAAAUACAUUUUGUGUGAUGAUAAGAAUUAAGUUUCUUCACAAGCACCUGUCUCCUAUGACCUUGAUGCUCCUUAGAAGCUAACUGUAAUCCUUCAUUUCAGAGUUUUCUUUAAAAACCCCAUGUAUGCUUUUCAUUUCUUACCUCUCCUUUCUAACAGAGGUUCGUUCAGAUACACGGCAGGGUCAGGGCAGCACCGCUGCUUAAUAGCAAGUGAUAGGAAUGAUGUUGCUUUUUCACUUGUGGAUGUGACUUUUCAGAACAAUGCUCUAAUGUUUCUCAUCUCUUUUUUAAUCUGCAGUGAUAAGGUUGUGUUGGAAAAGGUUUGUAAUUGUUGGUCUGUUACUGAUACGAAGGAGGGAAAGGAGCCAACUACUAGCCUGCUAUCACAGAACUGGCUCUCACACUUUGUUUUUUCCACCCUCAAUUAAAUAAAUCCCUGCCAAGCAUGUGAUUAGGUAUAGCUACCGAAUUACCUGAAGACAGGUUUAUUCAGCCUGUGCAUUCCUUUAAUAACAUUUAUUCUAUGCCAUAUUGUAAUGUUAAGCUCCAUCAAAAAUACUCCAAAGUCUGUCACCUUCUCAAUCAAAAAAAAUAGCUCUCUCGUGAUAGAAGAAUGAGUGCCGUUCACUGAGACUCCCCUUCCCGUUGGGUUCUUGGCACGGACUUUUCAUAGCCAAGUAAGAAAACAAUGCGAGAUAAAAUUAAUUUCAUUAGAGACUAUUUGGAAAACUAAUCAAAGCAGAGUGCUUUAUAGAGCUGCCUAGAUGGAAGCCAUGCCUACGAAAAGACUUCGUACCACUGCAGAUUAAUUUGUGGUUUUAAUCCGGGGAAGACCACUUUAGAACUGUUUUUUGGUAUAGUGUGUAAAUGCCAGACAGUGUAAUUGCACUGUUCAGUUGAAAGCUUGUGAUAAAUCUAGAUAAAAAUAUUUUUGGAUCUAACUUUCGAUAUUUAAUUGUACUUUGGAAUCUGUGACUAUUGUCUAAGCUGUACAGCUGAUAACUUAGUUGGCUGCUUCACAAACAAGUGGCAGCAGUGGUGGUGUGCAGGACGUGUUUUAGAGGAACCCUGAGGUAGAUGUUAAUAUUUUGGGUGGCUUGCUUCCCUGUAUCGUGUCCCCUGGGAUUCCUUCCCUUCAAAACACUCCUCUGGAUGAUCCGCUGGAGGCUCUUGUCUUCAAGGUAAUGGGGGUUCUCAGUACUUGGGUCCUGAGCUAAAUCAGGGAUAUAAUGUGGUCGCUGACGCUGUCUGCUUCUUGGAUGAAGAUACACGAUCAAUUAGAUGAAAAACUGCCGUUUGCUUAUCACCCACCUAGAGUGUUUUCUGAGAAAGGGGCUCGCUGGUCUCAAAUAUUGCGAUCUGUUGUGGUUGUGCUGAGCAGGUAUGAUAUCUCUCAAGACGGAAAUGAAAGAACACAAAUUCUGCUUUCCAUUCAAGCAAGAAUUCUCAUCUUAGUCUUUCCAGUUUGAUUUCUAGAUGAUCCCUUCCCUAACAAACCUCCUUUCUUUAGUUUGUUUGGGGACAGUCACAGAUCUUAACUGGAUGUGUUGCCGUUGACAGUGCUCUUCCAGGUGUGUACCUAUCCAUACUGGCCUCUUCUCCUUCAAAACUGCGAGUAGAAUGUUUUGGCUCUGAGCAAUGGCUAAUGCAUGCCAGUGAGAAAGAGAAGCAUGAAAGAGUUCAGCGUGCUCUGAGACCCCCUGCACCGCUCCCUCCCCAGAGGAUGGAAGGUUUCAGAUGGUUUUAAUCACGUGGACAGGACAGACGGCAUCCAGUUGAUUCUAAAUGCAGUUCUGCAGUUCAGUGGAGUGGGUAUCAGGAAAUGCUAAUAAUCGCAGAGUACUUCAGUUAUUUCGUUUUGAAAGAAGUAUUUGAGGUCAAGUGUUGCAAAAUGAAAACCUUGUGUGAUAUUUUCAUGGCAGUGCUUCACAAUGUGCUCAGUAGUGCUGCAGUGGCAGUAUCAAAACUGUGCUCUGGGCAGAGCUCGUGGUGUAUGUAGCCCUUGCCUUCCCUUUCUCCUUCACAGAUGAUGUUUCUGUGGUACUGGCUUUUCUCUGUAGAACAGAGGCUGGAUGUUUGUCAAAACAGCUGCCCAGGGAAAAUAAGAAUUAGACCUAGCAGUUCACAGAAGUCUAAAGCAGAGAAGUUUGUACAGCUGCUACAAAUCCUUCGCAGGCAUUUCAGAAGUUGGAAGCAGAACAAUGGUCAGCUCCAAGAAAAAAAAUGUAGGCUAAUGCCACUUCAGAGAAAAGAUUCUGGCUGCCAGUAAACCUCUUUACAACUCACGUUCUCAAGUUAUCAAGUAUUGCUGAGGAAUUCCAGACCUUCUCUUGAGCGUGGCUAGCCCUCUGGUAGCUCUGGAGCUUGAGAUAGAUGGGAAGAGGAGGUGAUGGGAAACGUGUGUGUUCACAGACACUGGCAGCUGCCAUGAGGAAGCUGUGGGAGGGUGGCACACUCUACGAGUAAAGCAAGCUCUUGCAUGGCUUGAUUUAAGAUUUAAGAAAACCCAGAGUACAGUCCAAAGCUGUUGUGCAGACUUUAUUUACUCACGUGGCCGCCCGGUCAGUUACUGGAACAGCCCUGUUUCAACCUGUGAGUGUCUGCAGUUGCAGCAGCAGUCACUGUAGCACCUUUAAUUUCCUCUGCAACCCUCCCACCUCUGUAGUAGCUCCCUUUCCUGGCUAAAGGUGUUCACACCAAUGAUCUCUUGUAAGGCUGUAGAUGUUUCUUUUAUUAUUAUUAUUCUUUGUACUUUAAACAGAACUAGUUUAGUGGGCAUGGUGGUGAUGGGUUGAUGGUGGGACUAGAUGACCCUAGAGAUCUUUUCCAUUUUUAAUGAUUCUAAGAUUCUAUACUUAGGGCUACUUUAGGUUUAAAAAGAUGAAGGACUAAUGAAGAUGACAGGCUUUGAGCAGUCUUCCUCAUACACAGUGCCGACCCAUGUUCCCCAUUAGAGGUCUUCUAAGAAGCUUGCUAAUCUGGUCCUAGCAUCCCAAUCAUGCUGAUUUGUGCCAAGUUCUGUUAUGAUACAUACAGCUGUUGGAUGACAAGAUUAGCUAAUGUACAUAUUGCUGUAUAGCAUGAAAGAUCCUCCACUGCCUUGAUACAUCCCAUCUAUCCUACAUCCUCCAUCUGGAAAGAAAUUUCCCCACGUAUGUCAGAACUGUGCAACAGAACAUGGUCCAGCACUGGGGAGGCAGCAGAUCCCAUAUGCCAUCCGGUGCUGUUUUCCUGCCUAGGCUCCUGCCCAAAGAAGGGAUGCACCUUCUGGUUGAAGUGCCCCACGUACAACUCAGAGCUCCCUGGUUCUUGUGUUACACGUUUGUGGAAGUCUUUUGAUGGUUAAGCCAGCUCAGGUCCAUCAGUGACAUCUGUUCAUCAGGCAGGAGCAUCUAGGGGCAGAAAACUGAUACAUUACACUGCUGUCAGAGCAUCUUUCAUAUGGUCCAGUCUGAAAAAUGUACCUCGUCAUUAGCCAACUAUCCUGUACGUAAAGAGCUCAGGCUUAGUGCUACUGUAAAGUAACGGUUUAACUCCUGUGAUAAAGACACUGCCCUGCGGCGCAUCGUUUGGAUGGCAUACUAGUACGGACUUGUUUACAAGGUCUGCUCCUUCCAGCAGGGGCACAGGCAGCUCCCUGCAGCGGGGGGAAUCCCGCGGAGCUGCUGCUGCUAGCUGUGAUCUCACAGCUCCGCCCAGUGGCUGCCGAGCAGCGCUUCCCAACGCCAACAGCUGCUCUGCUAGCGCGUUUGGAAAACGUGAUUUCAGGCCGCGUUGCCCCUUGCGCACAUGUUCGCUGUAAGGUUAAUGCCGACCAGCACGGGCUGAACGCGUGUAUCCAUAGGCAUAGCUAAGCAGUGCAGACACUUGGUUGCUAGAACUGUGUGAAGCAGCCUGGCGUGUCAUAACCAUGCCCUUCAUGCCCUGCCAACUUGUUCCUUUGUACGGAUAUCCCACAGCCUUGGUGGAUGCACUUGAUCUGAUUGUGGGAUCCAAAUGUUUGGCAGAAGUGCAGCUUGCUCAGCCCACAGUGACCAGGCUUAGAGGCUCCAGCGUUCAUCGCUCAUCUCAGGGGACAGGACGUGCCAUGUUAUUGCAUCCACAGUGAACGCCCCUGCUUCUCUUAGCACACUCAGUACCGGGGGUCUGGGCAUGGCUAGCCUGGCUCAGGGAGAGGGUGGUCACAGAUCACAUUUGGAGGGCUGCAUCGGCACAGCAGUCCUAAAAUUUCUUAAAGUACAAAAUUUGAAAUGAUUGAGUCUGUUUCUCUGAAUAGCAUGACCAUAAAUACAAAUCAGAUCAAUGCCAUCUAACAUAAUGAAGUGUUGUCUACUGACUCGUAAACAGAAGGUCAGUACCAAAACUACUGCUAAUAUUACAGUAUGAUACCUUUGACAUACAGUAAAAGUUGUGCAUAUUGUAGAAUGCAGAAGCUUGCACUUAAACACCACAUCAGCUUGAAGUAACAGUGCUUGCUACGUUACAUCACCGCUAACAUUGCAUCAUGAAAAUAAAGGGGUUUUGUUCUUCAGCUGCCUCGGAACAUAAUGACACUCGCUUUCUAUACUAUUAAUAUAUUGCUAAUGUAUCUAAUAAUUAUUUUAUGCAGAGAAACAUUUAGUAAAUGCUUAUAUCAAAGAAAAAAAGCAGCUCGUCAGCCCUUCAUUCUCCAGAGUAAGCUCUAGGCCUCCAUCCUGCAAUCUGGCCACGCACAAUUGCGAGAUUAAAAGUUAGAAAAUUCUGCUGAAGUUUGACAGCCGUACAGACCAGAGCUGCUGCCCCUCUGUGCUGUCAAUGUAUGUAUAAGUUACCUUUCUAAAUCUCUGGAGUCACAUCUAAUAAUAUCUAGUAAGAUAUUUACAGUUAAGUUAGUAUUGAUUUGAAUUUUGAGUUACUUGGAUUUGUAUAGUUCCGACAGGCUUAGGUAAGCAGCAGUGUGAAAUACAGUUCUGCCCUAGGUACCAGUGAGCUGGGUAUCAGCGUGCCUCCAGUUACGUAGUUCUAGAUAUAUUUUGCUCUGUUAAGCAAAACGUGUGCUGCCAAAGCAGUUGAUGUUUGUCUAAACCCAUAAAUAGAAGCUUACGUCGAGUGCAGUUAAGUAAUGUUUUGAAAUCCCCUUUUACGCGUAGGUUGGCUCCUACAUCUGAUAUUAAGAAUGAACUCUAAACUAGCUGAGCAAUAGGGAAAUAGAGCACUUUGUCCUGCAGCUAAAGGACCGGCCAUGCAUUGUUCUAAGCCUGUGGUGACAAUUAGUACUUCUAGGGAUGAGGAUGCUCCGAAACCUAUUUCAGCCUCUAUUCCACCAAGCUAAACAAGUAACUGGUUACAACGUUUUAGAAAUGUAAACCUGGCACUGUCAAACAAUGCUCCGUGGCAUUCCUACACUGUAGUCAGGGGCGUGAGAGUACUAUAGAUAAAACUGCGCUUUAACGACGUGUGCUUUAAUCUUGGAAAUAAUAACAACAGUCACAAAGUCAGGCUGCACGGGCUGGCAGUCACAUAGCUGCUCAGCACCCCAGCAAGCACAGCUGUGCAAAUGCCUGUGCCACCGUGCUUCCACUGCCCUGGGCAAGUAAGCUGGCACAAAGCAGCACGAGUUUGCUCCUGUGCCUCUGCAGAUGGACUCCUUGAUGAAGUAAGACUUGCACACCAGAACUGCCCAGGUCCACGUGUGAUUUAUAAAUUUUCUCCUUUCAGUAAGAAGAAUUUAGUUAUGUUAAAAAAAUGUUUCAUUUGGAAGAAGUUCUUUGGAGUUCAGUUCACUACGGUGCUCACUGAUAAAUUGUUCCCGUGUGCAUGAGCUGGGUACAAAACAUAAGCAGUGGUUAACAACUACUUGAUUUACGAAUGAAAUCCAUUUUUAUAAAUGUCAAACCCUUAGCAUGUCCAGCUGUAACAGUCGCUCCAGUGUUAGUCACAAAGCUCACAGGGACAGGGCUGGGAAAACAACUGUUAAAAGCACGCUGCACCGUGUUACAGUGAGCGACUGCAAAACCACUGCUGCCCAAAGUGGUUGCAAGUGCUCUCGAAAAACAAUCAAGAAAAACUAAUUACGAAAAUGUACUGCACAAUGAGGAUUCUGUAAGGGCAGUGCAGAUGUUUAUUAGAGAAAAGCCUACAGAACAGAACACACAAGAUAAAGAAAACCACAAUGUUUAAGCAGUUUGUCUUAGUGAAGGCAGCUUCCAUUUAGUGUAACAGUGCUGUUUUGUCUCAGAUGAGAGCCUCUUCAGGAUUCUGUUUUAACCUUUUUCCUCUCAAAGCCAGAAGAGUUUUUAAGAUUGCAUCUUCACUGCACUUUACUCUUGCUUGAAGGACCAGCACAGACAAAGCUGUGCUGAGAGGAGCAGAUAGGACUUCAGGCUGUCAUCCCAGGUCGGAUUGCAGACGGGGCUGCACACAGCAGCUACACACCAUCGUCACUCCACUAUAAAAAAACCUCAUUCGGGUCAUUGGGAUUAAUGUGGCCUGGAAAAUUAAUGUGCUGCGUAGCAACUGUCAGAAGGCUGGAGGUAAACAGCGCUUAGAGACAGAAAGUGUCCCAACAGAGGUCAUCCAGGGUGAACUCUGCAUUUUCAAAGGCUUAUUUUAUAGGAAGACAACUAAGUCCCAGAGCCCCAUAACUGCAAGUGACAGAAACAAACACGUUUCCUCCUGUGGGUUGCAGGUUGAUACUGACUGUAGCUAAGAAUCAUGUAACAGCAUUUCAAAGAGAGUAACUACACUGAGAAAGUGUCUAUGACUUUUAGAAACCCAGUAUGUAAACGGAGGGUGGGGAGGGAGUUCUGUUUACUUUUUACAAGUGUAGGUUUCUUUAAAAUAAGGACUCAGUUCCACAUAACCAAGAAACAAACCAUCUGCCUAGCUUCAUUUUAACUCUGUUUGCUUUCCUUCUUACACGGAGCACUUGCAUUUGGAUAUGGCAAUACACAGCAACUGCACUGAAACUCAGCAAGCUUUAAAACUUUCUGCAGUCUGAGUAGCACAUCGUCUCUCUCCCCAGCACCUCUCCUUAAGCAAUCUGUAGACAAAGCAGCCCAAAUGGUACACGCUAGUCAGACAAAAACAGAGAUGAAAAACAGGGGGUAGAGCUCUGCCUCCCGAACACCUUUGGCAUGUCUAACAUACCUGGCAGACAUCUCAGGAAUUCAGUGCCACAUUGUCUGAUUAACCUCCAGUCAGUUUCUAGUUUAAAUUUAAAAUAGGAUAAACUUACAUUAUUUUAUUGUACAUCCAGAUGUUGAGCUACCUACAAUGAACUUGCAUUGAAGUGUUUUAGUGGUAACUAGACAAUGUGAAAUGUAAGUAUUCCAAACUAAGUCAUCUUAAUGCUGAACUGACUAUAGAGAAUCAGGCCUCUGAAUCUGCAGCGCAUGCGUAAUGACUGACAUUGAACUUUAUUUGAGAAAGCACACAACACAUUGAACCAUUCUGACUCAUGAACUCUUCUGAAACGAUAUACAGGAGUGACACUGUACACUGUAAACUCCUUUUGCUGUUCAUCCAGAAGCAGUUUCCAGAUACCUUUGUCCAGUGGAUUAUUAUUCCACUUUUCAAGAUAGAAAGCCUCCCAGUUUUUGUAUUAAAAUCACAAUUACUUGGAAUUCUAUUUGAGUAUGGUUGAGACACUUGCGUGCAUAAGAAUCUUAGGAUUUGGAAAAAAAUUAGCCUAUAGUUUAUGCUUCAUUUUCAGUAAAAUCCUUGAAGCUGAUGCUAUGAAAUUUGCACCCACCACCGACUUACUUGCAUUAGUUCACAAUCGUAAGCUUUUUUUACCUCUUGCAUGGCAGCCCACACUACACACUCUCCCGAUACUUGCUUUAAGCAGACACGUGACCUUAGUUAUGCAUUCUUACAGUCUUUUCAGCAAUAAUAAGGUUGGGUUCAAAUACAAACUGGAUCUGGAAAUGAGUUUUUACAAAAAAAAAAUUCAAGCACAGAUUCAGUAAUACUUUACAGGGCAGCUUCCUUGCAGAAUUGAUGUCAUCUUAAGUUGCAAUUUCAGGUGGCAUAAACAGAUUGCUGUUACAAACCUACGUUUGAGAGGGCAGAAGCCCUGUAAUCUAUGCUCAGCAUCAGCAUUCUGGGGUACGAAUCUAAAAAUGCUGGCUUGGUGGCACUCACACUUGUACUGCAGCGCUGCGCAGCCAUUGCCCCACAGCAGUCAUUUUAUUCUCCCCUCUCCGCUCUCCCUACCCAGCUGCUGAAGGUUGCAUCGUCUUUCAUAACCACAUUUUUUUGAAGAAGCAAUACAAACUGUACUGUAGCGUCGGUGUUCUUGUGAGAAAUCGUUUAUUUCUAAACGUGUAACAUGGCAGGCUUCAAAGCAAAGAAAGAAAGGUUUUUUUUAUUCCCAUGUACAAACAAUCAAUGAACAAGUUAAGCAUUUCUCACCGAGCUCCUGGGAGCUGACCACAAUCAGCCAAUGGAUCCCAAUCCCAGAAGAACAGCUGCAGUUUCCUCUCAUUCAGGACCACGCUAGCAUUCUUUUCUCAGUUGUGCAGUACUGUAUCUUUAGCUAUUAGUUCAACAACGGCAACAACAAAAUCUAUUUUUGAAAAACUUUGACCUUCUUGGCAAACAGAACACUGAAAUCUGAAAUACUUGUCUAGACAAUAUUCUCUCCAAGACAUCAUUUUUGUAUUUUAAAAAGUAAUGUCCUAUAAUCCCAUCAUAAAACCAUGUACAGUUACGGAAAAGACAGAAGAAGUCAAUACUGACCAUUACCACAAUGUAACAAAAGCAUUGGUGAAACCUCAGUCUGGGUACUAGAGGUUUCUGCACCUCUUCUAAUUUGUCUCUAAGAGACUAUCUGAAAGACAGCCAAAUGUAAAUAUGCCAUAACACGUUAGCUAUAGAACAAAAAGUGGCAGUGCUCUGUCAUGCUAGAUGUACAGGAUGUAACUAUAGUAUUCCACUGUGUAGUAGAUGUGUCUCGGAUAAUUAUGUUACUGCAAUUGCAAAUUCUGUAUUGCUGUCAAUUAAAAGUGUAAACUACUGAAACCUUGGCCUUGCUGAUAUGAAUAAAGUGGUUAAGAUACCCAUCUUUA